AUGCAACACAGGAGUUUCCAUUCGCGCGACAUCAUUGAUCAAGAAAUCCAGCAGCUUUGCGAAAAAUGGCCUGCGAUUCUCGAGGACAACACGAUCAUCAGAAAAGCGCAAGGACGAUAUCGCAUCAAUGGCCGGGAAGUGACGGUGUCCCUGCGAAUGCGAGAGGCAACCAGAGAAGAGGAGGAAUGUGUCUCCAAAACUCCAUCCAUAGAUGAAGUGAGAGCUGCAGAAGGUCAGGUCAUGGACCUGAGCGGUGACCUCAUUGUUCGGGAUGGACCGCUGAAGCAGCCAUUUCUGGAUUAUGUCUUUGAUACUGGGCAGAAGGAGUUUUACUCCAUGGCCGAGUCAGACAAGCUGGACAAGUUGGACGGCACAUCUUUGGAACCGUGGUCCAAGCCUCUGGCGCCUGACCUGAAGGGUGGCCAGCUGGCAGUUCCGGAUGAUCGGCUGGAGGCAAUGGAGAUUGCCUGGAAGACCUUGGCAAAUGAUGCCAUUGCUCUCAGCGAGUUGCCCCAAAUGCCACUGCCACCACCACUGCCCAGGAGUUCAGAACCCGUGCAGCAUGCGGCAGGCAUCCAGUUGGCAAAGGCCGUUCCAGAAGAGUUUCCGAAUCUAAGCGUGUGCAGGACUCAUGAGGCCGAGGCAGAGUGCCUCGUCGAGAUAGUCAUGGACUUGCCAAUCGUCCCGGCCGGCAGCUUCCCGGUGUGUCAAGCGAUGUUCUGCACUCCCCAGGCUUGCGUUGUUCCCUCCUCCGGCUCGCCUGUUGUGAUGGGUCCACACGGGGGGAGUUCGACGAAGCCGUGCGUCGAAGAGCUGCAGGAGGCCGACGUGCCGGGCCUCAAAUCCGGGGAGCUGGUAAUGCUGCAAGAGCGCUGGCCAGAGGAUGGAGCUGUGCAGCUACUCCCUUUGUACCCUGCAUGCAGCGACCGAGGCAACGACAGCGGCCUCCCUACCAGCACUAAGAGGCGGCACAAGUAUGGAGAGGUGAUCUUGCCGGGCGAGCUGUCAGAUUUCCACACGCAUGUGGCAUCAAUGACCGCAUCAUUUUCGGGUCGCCCGUGCAGACAGGCGCCUUCGAAGCUGGCACCGCUGGCACUGGACGAGCUGCACCUGGCGGAGCUGUAG